GUUUUUCUUAUAAGAUAUAACUUUUUUAGCUACCAUGCUCAACUAACAAACUAUUUCUACUUAACUGAGCACAAACACUUGAGAUACCUUCAAGCCACAAUUCCCAGCUCCAUAAAGCCGUCUGGUCGCACAUUCUUUUAAUUUGACUUGCCUUAAAUUACCUCACUGCUUACAGCUCGCUAAAGUCUCACUGUCUUACGACUCGUGCUGUGCAGCUAGAGUUCAUUAGUUUGUUGUGUCUUGCUUGCGUGCCCGUGAUGGCUAUUGAUGCUGCUGCAUUCCGAUGUUGUUUACGAAAUCACAACCAGCAGUAGCACCACAGAAGACUGACACUGAAGAAAUACCAAGAAAUAAAUUGGCAGUAGAGAAGAAGAAAAAACGACGAACAAAACAAAAGAAAGUAGGUCGUUGUUCGUCGUUCGUUUCGGUGUGAUUGCGCCGUUCGCUCAACAUCAACCAGAGUUUCACUUUUUCUUUUCGAUUUCAACGGAGACGGUCGUGUUCAUGCUUUAUUGCUUUUUUCGAAUAGUGCGUUUGAAGAGAUCGUGAUCCUGUAGUGAUUCCCAUACCCUAGUCCAUCCCACACACAAAAAACAUAAACAAAGUGCCUCUAUUUUCUGUACAAAUACAAACUUCCCUUGAAACCAUGUUAAGUAAGCAUCUUAUGCAACAAGUGAGGUGUCGCUUCUCCUCAUUAGCGGUUCAACUUCCUGUGACUUUCACCCAAACGCGUUCGUUGCGAGUGGCUCAAAGGUGCGAUGAAAAAUUUGCCACCAAGCAAGUCCCUAAGCACGAUUGGAACCGUGCUGUUAGUGAAGCAGAACGCAUCGUUGGCUAUCCAACAUCGUUCCUAAGCCUGCGGUGGCUCCUAAGCGAUGAAAUCGCCAAUGUGGCCUUGCAUCUGCGAAAGCUGGUGGGGAGUAAUCAUCCGUUGCUUAAGACUGCCAAGCAUCUACUGUAUAAUGGGAAAAAUACAAUGCAAGCUUGGGGAUUGAUUGUUUUAUUAAUUUCCAAGGCAGCAGGUCAUGCGCCACAUAUUCCUGAUAUGGAACAGGACAAAAGUGCUGGAGUGCUUCAUUCGCAGAGGGCAUUGGCGGAGAUUACCGAAAUGAUUCGGAUUUCACAUUUAGUUCAUAAUAGUUUAGUUAAUUUACAACGCACCACAGAAGCUGGCAAAGACGAAGCUAAUUAUGAGGACAUGACUUUUGGCAAUAAAAUUGGACUCCUAACAGGCGAUUAUCUGUUAGCGCAUUCUUGUGCCGAACUAGCCAAUUUGCGCAAUCAGGAAAUUUGUGAAUUGAUCUCAUCAGCUGUUAGAGAUUUUAGUGAGUCUGAAUUUAUUGGCGAUCGUGAUGAACAAAAUAAUCCACUUCCAUCCAAGCCGGGUAUCGACUAUCCACGUAAUGCAGUACCAACAAAACCAUUUGUCAGUGAUUUCACUGAAACCGAUGCUCUUAUUCCCAUCGAUGUGCAAUCAACUUUUGGAGAUCCAGAAAAAGAAUGGGAAGUUCGUCAUAUUCUAAAUGCUGGUAGUCUUUUGGGUAAAAGUUGUCAGGGAUCGUUGAAGUUAGCCGGUCAAAAUGAAGAAAUGCAAAAACUAGGUUAUUUAUUUGGCAAACAUCUAUCCCUAGCCUGGCAGGCUUGUCUUGAUGCUGAACCUUUUCAAUGUAGCACAUUACCAUCGGACUCUACAUUCAGUUUGAUCAGUGCUCCAGUUCUAUUCCACCUUAAACACGAUCCAUCUUUGUAUGAUGAAAUUGAAAAGGGUCUGGUUUCAAUUGAUAACAUUUCUUACCAAAAGCUACACAAAACCAUACUGGAAGGUCCAGGAUUGGAGAAAACAAAAGAACUGCAACACAAACACACCACCGCAGCCAUGCAUGUUCUAGAAAGAUUUCCUCCAUCCGAUGCCAGAACGGCGCUUGAGAAUAUUAUUUUAGCAAUGCAGGAUAUGUAAUGUUAGAAUUUAGUUUUAGAAAACACAUUUCGGUGGAGUUUUUGGUUAUAAGUUUUUGUUAAAAAAAAAUAAUAUUAACAUUGUUGGGAUUGUUACAGUUUUUAUCUUUUUUGUUUUUCCAUUUCUAUUUAUGUAUGUAUACACUGUUUGUGCACUCAUAUAGACAUUUUUUUAUAUACAAACAAGUCAUUUUUUGUAGUAAAUAUAUAAUAAGAAUAUAUUUUUAAAAACAAA